AUGCCGAAACCUCAAUAUUCCCAAAAAUUUAGGGAUUCUUGGCUUCAAGAUCCCGAUUUAAAAGAAUGGCUUCAAGCAGUUGAAAGUACCACUGGCCAAGUAGCAAAAUGCAAGUUUUGUGGAACGAUAUUAAGAAGUCACUACGGAGAUUUAAAAACACAUGCUCUUUCGAAAAAGCACCAACAAAAUAGAAAGGUUAUCACCAAACAACCUAAGCUGACAUUCAAAAAGGAGUCUACUGAUAAUAAAAAGAAAGAUGAAGCCAGAGUUGCCUUAUUUACAGCAAUGCAUACAAGUAUACGAACAGUUGAUCAUUUAGGAGAAGUUAUUAACCAUAGCCAUGAAAAAGAAAUAAAUAAAAUGCAGAUGCACCGAACUAAGUGCACAGUUAAUAAAAUGUUUGAGUCAAAAAAUACGGACCACACCUUAUUGUGCGGUGAAUUAACAAACUUGAUUGAUACGCUUGUCACCAAAGUAACGUUGCCUACACAUAAGAUAGAUAUCUUUACUCAAAAUAUUCGUGACUAUUUGGACCAAAGAUGCUACCUGGGAUUCCGAUUCGAAAAACAUAUUCAAGAAAUGAAAGAGAAAGGUUUUCCCCGGGAAGAGGAAGAAGUAUUGCGGAAUAGGUGCAUACAGUUUAUAGUUUGUCUCAUUGACGAAAUAAAAAACAGAUUGCCGGAAAAUAUUACUCUCAUGAAACAAAUAUCCCGUAUAAGUGUCGAAAAAGCCCUGCAUCACAAUAAAGAAAAUCUUGUUGAUAUAAUGGCUCGGUUCGUAACAAGUACAGAAUUAAUUGCAAAAAUUGACGAUCAAUGGCAGCAAAUUCAUUUACUGAGAUGGAAUGAAACAAAAGAUACAAAAAAUUUUUGGAGCAAAGUCUUGAAAUUCAAAGAUGCACAAGGUGUUGCUCGAUUUCAAGAAUUAGCAACAUUUGCGAUUACACUUUUGGUAUUGCCACAUUCGAAUGCCGAUGUGGAAAGACUUUUUAGUAGCAUGAAUAUUAUAAAAAACAAGCAGCGAAACAGAAUGAAGCUAACUCUUUUGAAAUCAAUUCUAAAAAUACGCUGCGGUAGUAUGCAGUUAAUGGGAAAGUGCUGCAACAAUUAUGAAAUUCCUUUAAAUCUUAUAAAACAAAUUGGGACGAAGGAGUCAUAUCAGUCCGAUAAGGAUAACAGUAAGGCUGAAAAUGAAAAUGCAGAUUCAUCUGAAGACGAUUUAUUAAUGUAA